AUGCGUGGGUUCUGUCCGUCGUCCUCGUCUACUUCGAGAUUUAGAGGUGCUACAACUAAUAGUCUUUGCGGCGCAAAAGACUACCACUUCAACCUCUGCAGCAGACCCUUCUCCACCAGAAAGUAUGAGAAGGACAAGAGAUGGGAGGCACGAGCUGCGAAUCCUUUUCGCUACGCGCAGGAAAUGGACAACUCCAGAGAAUCACUUCAGAGGAAAAUCGAG